GGCGCCUGUACUUUUUUAUCUGCGGUCUCGGCGGGGUGUUGCGGUCCCAGUAAAUCGACGUAUUUUGCGCGCUAAUUCGCGCCUACCUCGGGAUGACAAUCGCUGACAAACCCCUGCAUUUCGGCGCAUGCACCCUUGCGACCCGACUGCUGCACUCUCGACCCGAACUUUUGACCUUGAAGUUCUAGAACCAUUUGUCAUCCUAUACGAUCUGCAUGUGUAAUCCAUUAUGCCACCGCGCCCAACACCGCUCCUCCGGCGGCUCCGCCCCCAAUUCCAGGCCCAAGUCAGACAUCAAAUCCCACGGAUAGCCAUCUCAUCCAAUCGCCAGGCCUCCCUAUCCACCUCGUCCUCAUCCUCUCUAAACUCAAACCCAGACCCCACCUUCACCACCGUCUCCCCCGAUGAAGUCUCCCACUUCAAUGCCCUCGCCUCCUCAUGGUGGGACCCCCAAGGCCCCUCCCGCAUCUUGCACCUCAUGAACCCUCUUCGCCACGACUUCAUCCGGGACUGCAGGUUCUCCGUCCCCGUCUCCCCGGUGUCCACCACGGCCGGGCUGACGUACCUUGACAUCGGAUGCGGCGGCGGCAUCUUCGCCGAGUCGGCCGCCCGCCUCCGAAGCACCAAGUCCGUCACCGCCAUCGAUCCCAGCCCGGAAGUCCUCACCAUCGCCAAGGCGCACGCAAGGCGGGACCCAGCGCUCAGGGGGAAGCUCGAGUACCUCAACACGCCUGUCGAACAGUUACCGGCGCCGGCACCGCAGGAGGGUUACGAUGUGGUUUCCAUUUUCGAGGUGCUGGAGCACGUAUCGAACCCGGCACAGUUUCUGGAUCGGUGCAUGCCGUUUGUGAAGCCUGGUGGGUGGUUGGUUAUGAGCACCAUUGCCAGGACGUGGAUGAGCUGGUUCACGACGAAUCUCAUGGCGGAGGAUGUUUUGGGGAUUGUGCCCAAGGGGACGCAUGAUUGGCGCAAGUAUGUGAAUGAGGAUGAGUUGAGGGGGCAUUUUCUCGGGAAGAGGGACGGUUGGGGCGAGGCGAGGUGUAUGGGGGUUAUUUAUGUGCCUGGAAUUGGUUGGAGGGAGGUAAGGGGGAGUGAAAAGGUCGGGAAUUACUUUUUCGCUGUGAGAAGGCUAGAAAAUUAGAUGGUAUAAAUAAUACGGUCAAAGAAAGGGUCGGUAGUUAUGUAUGUAAGAAAUUUGUGCUACUAGUGUGGUUUAGGGUGCGGUUCAGAGGCCGCCGCCGCAUGCUAAGCCAUGCAGACUUGUCGUUUAUGAUCUGCCCGAAAAUACAUGAUAAUAUAAUUAUGUAUUUGUGCUCC